UCUCCCAAUUUCAAUCUACAGCAUUCCCUCUUUCUCCCGCUCAAAUCCUUUCCUUCUAUCUCCUCUUUCUCUCUCAAGUCUGAAAUGGCGCCCAAGAAACUAGCAGAGAAGAAGCCAGCUGAGAAAGCUCCAGCGGAGAAAUCUCCGGCAGAGAAGAAGCCAAAGGCAGAGAAGAGACCACCGAAGGAGGGGUCAGCCACGGGAGAAAAGAAGAAGAAGCGAAACAAGAAGGGAACCGAGACUUACAAGAUCUACAUCUUCAAGGUGCUGAAGCAGGUUCACCCUGACAUUGGCAUCUCCAGCAAGGCCAUGGGUAUCAUGAACAGCUUCAUCAACGAUAUCUUCGAGAAGCUUGCACAGGAAGCUUCUAAGCUUGCUCGCUACAACAAGAAACCCACCAUCACCUCUCGGGAGAUCCAGACUGCCGUUCGCCUCGUUCUCCCUGGCGAAUUGGCCAAGCACGCUGUCUCUGAGGGUACCAAAGCUGUCACUAAAUUCACCAGUUCCUAGUUAAGAAUUGUCCAUGGGUUUUGGGGUCUCGAUCUAACUUCUAGUAAUAGUAGUUCUGUGUUUCGAUUACUUGGCUUACUGUAAAUCUUCCUUUAUCUUCUCGAAUAUAGAGAGUAUUUUUCCUUCUCUCACUAUUAAAAAUGUAUGAUGGUUCUCUAUAGAUUCAGAAUAUGGGUUUGCUA